GGGGCGGGGCUUCUCUUCAGAGGAUUCCUAGGGUUUCCAAUUGCUUCCUAUUUGGGACUUUAUCGUAGGAUUAUUUAUAGCACCACCAAGCUCUGCAUUUUGCGAUUCUCGUCGAAGAAAAUCAACAUUUUUGUUCUGUUAAGAAAAAAAUCAACAGUUUUUGUUCUUGGGAUUUGCGUCGUAGUGGUGGGUGACUGACUGAUUGGGAGGUUGUUUCUCCGCCGUCGGAUUGAUCUCUAUCAGGGGCUUUAGCGCCCGUGGCCGUUCAAAAUCCAUGAUCAUCAGCGUCUCAUGGACCCAUCUCCAGUGCGAACAACUCCUUCACUCGAAGAAGAAGAGGAUGAGUGGGACACUGAUGGAUUUGUAAUUCCAAGCUUGGGAAUAGAAGAGCCAGAUCAAACCAAUCCUGAUGCUCCAAAAGUAGAACCCUCAAAACCACCUUCUCCGAAGGCGUCUUUGCAGGCCAAAAUAGAAGAGAGCAUCUACCUUGGACCGCACGGGGCUCCCCCGUCUCAGUCGAAGCAGCAAGAAGUGACUUCUUCGAGCCGUAAGCAGCGGUUCAAGCAGAAACUGAAGGAGGCAGAUAGGAGGAUUAGCGGGGUGGGGCGAGAGAACAAGGUAGAGAAUCUAAGAGAGCUUGUUGGUGGUGGGAAAGUUGGCAGUGGUAGCAUGGCAAAGGGCACUUCCAGGGAUUGGCUUGACCAGCAUUGCCAUGAGGCCAAGUUUGAGAAGUGGUACCAGCAGUGAGUGGAACAGAGUAUUUUUACAUUACCCUAAGAUAUAAGGUUUAAGUUUAUUACUCAUAAGGUUCAAAUUUGAGACAUUUAUUAAGGUCAUGUAUCUUGACAAUAAGUUUCCAUCUGGACCUUUUUGUACCCACUGGUGUCGCUGAAGUUAUGAGAAAGAGUUUGGCUGUUUUAUCCAA